AUGUUCACGGACCCUUCUGCUCGUGUGCCCCACGUCUUCGUUAUACCCCCCGAGGAAGAGCACUCGCAAAAUCCUCCUUGGUGCUGUUUUGACGCAGACCUGCCUCCAGAAAAUAGCAGAUCCGUAGAGUUGUCCUCUGCUAACCAGCCUGACAUCUUAUCCGAUGUACCCUUCUUGCUGCACGAGUCAGAAUCUACUUCUUCCUUCCACCACGAGCAGCCUAGUGCAAGCCCAGUGGUUGUCACACAGUCUAGGAGCUCUACAUCUAGCAGUAGGAGCGGGAAGCAUCAGAACCCACAGCAUAUCGUUAUCUCUGCCAUGCGCAAUAAUGACCUCAUUCGCAUCGUCCAGCAUGAUGUGCGAGAGGAUUCGGAUGUGAUUGAGGUCGUCAAGGUCAAACGUCCAAAGGACAAUAAACCCAAUCACACGGAUCACGUCCCACCGUCCCCGUCUAAUCAAGAGCCACAGUUAAAGCGCUCAAAGACUUUCCGUGCUCGUGCGUCCCGUGCCUUCCAAUCCAUAAAGAAUGUCUCUGUCCCCCGUGGCAAGCAGAACAACUCCAAACCGCAUGUCAAGGACCUUUGGACAUCCACUGAGAGCAUGCCAGGCAUCUUCAGAGGCGUUUUGCAUUCCAAAGAGGACGUCCCACCAACGGCGAGUCGCAAGCUUUCGAGCUUCUUCCAAAGACAGCCGUUUUCCUCGGAGGGAAUCCUCUCGAGCUCGACGACUACGUCAUUGCCUUAUCUCAAGGGCUCUGACACCACUCCUUCCAUUGCUGAGAUCCGGCCCUCGUAUGAGUUCAUCGAGCGGCCCCUCACUCCCUACCUGCGUCCUAUAUCUUCGGAUGAUUUCCAGCACGACGAGCGCCCGACGUCACCCAACCCCCCCUCUACCCAAGCAUCGCGCAAACGUUUCUCCGUUAAUGAGCUGCACCGCCUUUUCUCCUUCUCUCCAGAACCUCCUUCCUCUUUCACGGUUCCUUCCACAUCCACAUCCGCGUCGACCUCGAGUACACACUCUUAUCCCGAUGUCCCAUACGCCGCGGUGCAUUUUGUUGACGAUGAUUACGGAAGGGAGAUCGAGGGCAAGUAUGGUCGCAAUCUCGACCUGCUUGAUGGUGACGAUGACGAGUUGCCUUUGCCCUCACGGCCAAGGGAUAUUAGUUUCGAGUUGCGGCUUGACAGUUUGCACUUUGACUCGCUUUCGUUCAAUGCUGAGGACUUUGAUGUGAGCAUGAACUUGGAAGCCUCAGGGCUAGGUAUUUCACGGCGGUGA